AUGAGUGGCGCUCACCGGGAAGCUGUACAAAAACAAAUCCAUCAGGAUUGGGCAAAUCGUGAAUAUAUCGAAGUGAUAACAGCCAGUAUUAAGAGAAUUACAGAUUUCCUCAAUUCUUUUGAUAUGUCUUGCCGUUCACGCCUAGCUGUUCUAAACGAAAAAUUGACCACUUUGGAAAGACGUAUCGACUAUUUGGAGGCAUGUGUGACCACAGGCGAGACACUGACAUAGAUU